ACCACAGCAUCACAGCCCUUAGGAUCGUAUGCGAAACCAACAGCCCCAAAAGGGGCAAUGUCAGGGGUGAGGACAGGAAACGGAAGUGGCCCUCAGAGGCCGUUUAAGUCUAAUUGGCGCGCGGCGCUAUAGAGAGUGCACGAGGGUUUAUGGCGUGACAGUCACUGAGGUGAUUUUGAGGAAUUCUUGGCGUCUCUGUGGAGCUGUUGAGCUUUCCCUUACUGGAGGCUGCAAGAUCUUCCACUCAUUCUGACUGAAGCCCACUUACAGACGCCCCUCCAGCUCUGAGACCCACGUGAACAUGCCAGCUAAUGGGAAAUCACCCCAGAGCUUCCUUGAGCCAUGUGUAGACUGCCCAUCAUCACCUGCCACGAACACCAGGAAGACCAUGCUGCUCCUCUUGGCCAAUGUGAUGGUGACCUGAAUGGUGCCCUGGAACCACAGCAUCACUCCCUUCUCUUCUGUCUGUUAUAAGGACACUUGUCAGUGGAUUUAGGGUCCGCCCAGGUAACCCAGGAUGAUCUCAACUCAGGAUCCUUAACUACAUCUGCAAGGAUCCUUGUCCUAAAUAAGAUUGUUGUUACAGGGAUCUGUGUCAUUUGAGGACGUGGCUGUGGAUUUUACCCGGCAGGAGUGGCACAGACUGGACCCUGCUCAGAGGACCAUGCACAAGGAUGUGAUGCUGGAGAACUACAGCAACCUGGCAUCUGUGGGCCUCUGCGUGGCCAAACCAGAGAUGAUCUUCAAGUUGGAGCGAGGAGAAGAGCUGUGGAUAUUAGAGGAGGAAUCCUCAGGCCAUGGUUACCCAGGAUCUCUCUCACUGCUGUGUGGCAACAAUUCUGUUGGGGAUGAUGCCCUCAGGCAUGAUAAUGACCUUCAGCAUCAGAAGAUUCAAACUUUGGAUCAAACUAUUGAAUAUAAUGGAUAUGGGAAAGUAUUCUACAAGAAAAUUGGCUUUGUUGGACAUAAAAGAAUACACACAGGAAAUAAAAACUUUGAAUGUCAUGAAUGUGGGAAAACUUACUGCAGGAAAUCAAACCUUAUUGAACAUCUGAGAAUACACACAGGGGAGAGACCCUAUAAAUGUGGUGAAUGUGCAAAAACCUUUAGUGCAAGAUCAUACCUCAUUGCUCAUCAGAAAACUCACACGGGGGAGAAGCCUUUUGAAUGUAAUGAGUGUGGGAAAUCUUUUGGCAGGAAAUCACAACUCAUUCUACAUUGGAGAACACACACAGGAGAGAGACCCUAUCAAUGUACUGAAUGUAGGAAAACCUUUUCUGAGAAGGCAACCCUCAUGAUUCAUCAGAGAACUCACACAGGGGAGAAACCCUAUGAAUGUAGUGAAUGUAGGAAAACAUUUCGUGUUAAGACGUCCCUUACCCAACACCAGAGAACUCACACAGGGGAGAAACCCUACGAAUGUGGUGACUGUGGGAAAAACUUCCGUGCAAAGAAAUCCCUAAAUCAACAUCAAAGAAUUCACACGGGUGAGAAACCCUAUAAAUGUGAUGAAUGUGGGAAAUUCUUCAGAAUGAAGAUGACUCUCAAUAAUCAUCAGAGAACUCACACAGGUGAAAAACCCUAUCAGUGUAAUGAAUGUGGGAAAUCUUUCAGGGUGCACUCAUCUCUCGGGAUACAUCAGCGAAUUCACACAGGAGAGAAACCUUAUGAAUGUAAUAAAUGUGGUAAUGCCUUCUAUGUCAAAGCACGCCUCAUUGAACAUCAGAGAAUGCAUUCAGGAGAGAAACCCUAUGAAUGUAGUGAAUGUGGAAAAAUUUUCAGUAUGAAGAAGUCUCUUUGUCAACACCAGAAGACUCACACAGGAGAGAAACCUUAUGAAUGUAGUGAAUGCGGAAAUGCCUUCUAUGUGAAAGUACGCCUUAUUGAACAUCAGCGAAUUCACACAGGAGAGAGACCCUUUGAAUGUCAAGAAUGUGGGAAAGCUUUCUGCCGGAAAGCACACCUCACAGAACAUCAGAGAACUCACACAGGUCGGCUUUUGCCUUGUACUGUGGAGAAAGCUUCUCUGUGAAGACACCCCCUCACCGUUGGAUCAAGCCCUUUGGGCCAUCUGAUCAGCAGGGCACAGAGUGCACCUGUAACAAUUUGACUCCUACAUUGGUGUGAAACUAUGUCCUGAUCCCUUAGGGGAUAGCUCAUUGUUGUUUUCAUUUCAUUUGGGUUUCCCUAAUUAGUGGUAAGGUUGAACAUCUUACUUACUGAUUGGCCAUUUGGGUUUUUUCUUCUGCACAUUGACUAUUCAUAUCCUUUGCUCAUUGUUUUCCUUUUUUUUUUUUUGUGAGGAAGAUCAGCCCUGAGCUAACAUCCAUGCCAAUCCUCCUCUUUUUGCUGAGGAAGACUGGCCCUGAGCUAACAACUAUUGCCAAUCCUCCUCCUUUUUUUUUUCCCCUUUUUCUCCCCAAGCCCCCAGUAGAUAGUUGUAUGUCAUAGUUGCACAUCCUUCUAGUUGCUGUAUGUGGGACGCGGCCUCAGCAUGGCCGGACAAGCGGUGCGUCGGUGCGCGCCUGGGAUCCGAACCCGGGCCGCCAGUAGCGGAGUGCGCGCACUUAACCACUAAGCCACGGGGCUGGCCCCCCGCUCAUUGUUUUCUAAUAGGCUGUUUAUCUUUUACUUCUUGGUUUAAAUGUUCUUGUUUUUUUUUUAACAUAUGACAAUAUAAAAAGUCAUGUGUGUUGCGAAUAUCUUCUCCCAGACUGUGGCUAGUUCUUUAAUUUUGUUAACUCUUUUCUUCUGCUGAGGUUUUAUGUUUUAAUAUUAUCAGUUUCAAGGUGAUAAUAUUCUACUAUACUUUCUUCUAAAGUUAAGGUUUUCCAUUCAACAUUUGGAAUUUUAAUCUACCCUGAGUUUUGUUUUUUUUUUUUAAAGAUUUUAUUUAUUUAUUUUUUUCCCCCAAAGCCCCAGUAGAUAGUUGUAUGUCAUAGCUGCGCAUCCUUCUAGUUGCUGUAUGCGGGACGUGGCCUCAGCAUGGCCGGAGAAGUGGUGUGUCGGUGCGCGCCUGGGAUCCGAACCCGGGCCACCAGCAGCGGAGCGCGCGCACCCAACCGCUAAGCCACAGGGCCGGCCCUACCCUGGGUUUGUUUUUGAAUGGUGUGAAUUCCGCAAUAUAUAAUGCUAUAUUGCUUUUAAAAACUUUACAUGUAUGGUAUCACACUAUGUUUAAACUUCUGCAGCUUGCUUUCUUCAUGAAAUGUUACCUU